AACUUCCAUGGCUUCAAUGACAUGGGGGGGCCAGUCGUUCUCUCCUGCCUCGCCAGAAAGCCCCUAGCUUACGUAGGAAGCGCAGUUGUUCUCGCGAGAUUCAAACCUACCCAGCUCGCUAGUGCAAGAUGGAGAAGUGAAAUUUACACGCAUCUAAGGCUCUCAGAUUGUUUUAGGAGACCAGACAAAACAAUGCUAAGGAGGAGGAAAUGAUGGUGACACUAGUGAACCAAAGCAGUUUCUGGCAUUGUGAAUGAAACAUGCUGUUAAGUGGGUAUUGCCAAAUUACUUAACUGUGCAUCAGAUAGAAGCUAUUGACAAUGAAGGUUGACAGAAGCAAGUUAAAGAAAACCCCCACUGAAGCUCCUGCGGACUGCAGGACGCUCAUAGAGAAGCUUAAGGGAUGCCGCGACGAGCAACUGCUGUUGGAGCUGCAGCACAUCAAGACCUGGAAUAUUGGCAAGUGUGAGCUGUACCACUGGGUGGACCUGCUGGACCGUUUCGAUGGGAUCCUGUGUGACGCGGGCCAGACGGUGGAAAACAUGUCCUGGCUGCUGGUGUGUGACCGGCCGGACAACGGGCAGCUCAAAGCCCUGCUGUUGGCCGUGCUCAACUUCACCGCCCUGCUCAUCGAGUACAGCUUCUCCAGGCACCUUUACAGCUCUAUAGAGCACUUGACCACCCUGUUAGCGUCAUGUGACAUGCAGGUGGUGCUGUCUGUGCUGAACCUCCUGUAUGUGUUCAGUAAACGCUCCAACUACAUCACUAGACUGGGCUCUGACAAGAGGACCCCUCUGCUGGCACGCCUCCAACAUCUGGCUGAGAGUUGGGGAGGGAAGGAGAAUGGCUUCGGUCUGGCCGAGUGCUGCAGGGACCUGCCUAUGACGAAGUACCCUCCCAGUGCCACCACACUGCACUUUGAGUUCUAUGCUGAACCUGGCCCUGAGGUCAAAGUGGAGAGGAAGACCAGCAGUAACACAUUACACUACAUUCACAUCGAACAGCUCGACAAGAUCUCUGAGAGUCCCAGUGAGAUCAUGGAGUCACUUACGGUGAUGUAUAACAUCCCUAAAGACAAGCAGACCCUGCUGUUCACACACAUCAGACUGGCCCAUGGUUUCUCCAACCACAAGAAGAGACUGCAGGCCGUGCAGGCCAGGCUCCACGCCAUCUCUAUACUGGUGUACUCCAAUGCACUCCAGGAGUCGGCCAACAGUAUUCUCUACAACGGCUUGAUAGAGGAGCUGGUAGAUGUGCUACAGAUUACAGACAAACAGCUUGUGGACAUAAAGGCAGCGUCUUUACGCACCUUAACAUCCAUAGUGCACCUGGAGAGGACGCCCAAGCUGUCCAACAUCAUCGACUGCACCGGCACAGCUUCCUACCACGGCUUCCUGCCUGUGCUGGUGCGCAACUGCAUACAGGCCAUGAUCGACCCUCUGAUGGAGCCGUACCCACACCAGUUUGCCACUGCUUUGUUCUCCUUCCUCUACCACCUGGCCAGCUACGAUGCUGGGGGGGAGGCCCUGGUCUCCUGUGGGAUGAUGGAAGCCCUGCUCAAGGUGAUCAAGUUCCUGGGGGACGAGCAGGACCAGAUCACGUUUGUCACGCGUGCAGUUCGAGUGGUGGACCUCAUUACCAACCUGGACAUGGCAGCCUUCCAGUCACAUACCGGCCUUACCAUCUUCAUCAGCAGGCUGGAGCAUGAGGUGGACCUGUCUAGAAAAGAGUGUCCUUUUGUCAUCAAGCCAAAGAUCCAGAGACCCAACUCUACUGUGGAAUCUGAGGACAUGGACACAGACGUGGAUGGCCAGUCAGAAAGCUUGUCAGAAGAGAGGAUGGAGAGCAGCCCUGGUCCCUCAACGUCCUCUGGCUCCAGACCUGAGACAGACCACCGAGCGCAGAGCAGCACUGCCAGCACGCCCCGCACAGGCCUGCAGUGUAUUCCCCAGAGAGCAGCUCUGCUGAAGUCAAUGCUAAACUUCUUGAAGAAAGCCAUCCAGGAUCCUGCCUUCUCUGAUGGCAUCCGUCACGUCAUGGACGGGUCUUUGCCUACCUCACUCAAGCACAUCAUCAGUAAUGCAGAGUACUAUGGACCUUCUCUUUUCCUACUGGCGACGGAGGUGGUGACGGUGUUUGUGUUCCAGGAGCCAUCUCUGCUCUCCUCCCUGCAGGAUAAUGGCUUGACUGACGUCAUGCUGCAUGCCCUGCUAAUCAAAGACGUCCCGGCUACCCGGGAGGUGCUUGGUUCUCUCCCGAACGUGUUCAGUGCCUUGUGCCUGAAUGCGCGAGGCCUGCACUCCUUCGUCCAAUGCCAGCCCUUUGAACGCCUUUUCAAGGUGCUGUUGUCACCUGACUACUUGCCUGCCAUGAGACGACGCCGCAGCUCUGACCCUCUGGGAGAUACAGCGUCCAACCUGGGCAGUGCUGUGGAUGAACUGAUGAGACACCAACCCACUCUGAAGACUGACGCCACUACUGCCAUCAUCAAGUUACUGGAGGAGAUCUGUAACCUGGGCCGAGCCCCGGAGUACAUCUGUCAGAAGCCCUCUAUCCAGAAGACUGAUGGCACCGUGACCGCGCCCCCUGCCCGCUCCUCCCACGCUGCCGAAGAGGCUUCCAGCGAAGAUGAGGAGGAAGAGGAGGCGCUCCAUACCUUCACCCAGCAGCAGGGGGAACCAGAGAACAACAGACAGGUUGUUGGCACUGAAGAGAGGAUACCGAUUCCUCUGAUGGAUUACAUUCUGAAUGUGAUGAAGUUUGUGGAGUCGAUCCUUAGUAACAACACGACAGACGACCACUGUCAGGAGUUUGUCAACCAGAAGGGUCUCCUGCCCCUGGUCUCCAUCCUGGGUCUACCCAACCUGCCCAUCGACUUCCCCACAUCAGCUGCCUGUCAGGCUGUAGCCGGGGUCUGCAAGUCCAUACUGACGCUGUCCCAUGAACCCAAGGUGCUCCAGGAGGGGCUGUGUCAGCUGGACAGCAUCUUGUCGGCCCUCGAGCCGCUCCACCGCCCCAUCGAGGUCCCCGGGGGUUCCGUGCUGCUCCGAGAGCUCGCCACCGCCGGUCAUGUGACCGACGCCACGCUAUCGGCCCGCGCCACGCCACUGCUGCACGCGCUCACUGCUGCACACGCUUAUAUCCUGAUGUUCGUGCACACCUGCAGGGUAGGGCAGAGUGAGAUCAGGGCCAUCAGUGUGAACCAGUGGGGCUCCCAGCUGGGUUUGAGUGUUCUCAACAAGCUGAGCCAGCUCUACUGCUCUCUGGUCUGGGAGAGCACCGUGCUGCUGUCUCUCUGCACACCCAAUAGUCUCCCCCCAGGCUGUGAGUUCGGCCAGGCUGACAUGCAGAAGCUGGUUCCCAAGGAGGAGAAGCCAUCUGGCAGCACCACAGCCACCGCUUCUGCCUCUGGAUCCAGGAGAACUGCUGAGUCUGAGGCUGUUGCUGUGGACCCCUCUGCCACGUGUCUCCUAGAGGGGAUGGGGUUGGACGGUGACACGCUAGCCCCCAUGGAGACUGACGAGCCCACCGCCGGCACCUCUGACCCCAAGACCAAGUCCAAACUAACCCCCGCCAUGGCCACUCGCAUCAAGCAGAUCAAACCUCUGCUCUCUGCGUCGUCUCGUCUGGGCCGGGCUUUGGCCGAGCUCUUUGGUCUUCUGGUGAAGCUGUGUGUGGGUUCUCCAGUCCGACAGCGCCGCUCUCACCACGCCACCAGCACCGGCACAGCCCCCACCCCCGCCGCCCGGGCCACCGCCUCCUCCCUCACCAAGCUGCUCACCAAGGGCCUCAGCUGGCAGCCCCCGCCGUACACCCCUACCCCUCGUUUCAGGCUGACGUUCUUCAUCUGCUCGGUGGGCUUCACGUCCCCCAUGCUGUUCGACGAGAGGAAGUACCCCUACCACCUCAUGCUGCAGAAGUUCUUCUGCUCGGGAGGACACAACGCACUCUUUGAGACAUUUAACUGGGCCCUUUCUAUGGGUGGUAAGGUGCCUGUCUCUGAGGGCCUGGAGCAUGCAGAGCUGCCAGACGGGACAGGGGAGUUCUUGGAUGCCUGGCUGAUGCUGGUGGAGAAGAUGGUGAACCCCAGUACUGUGCUGGACUCACCCCACAGCCUGCCUGUCAAGGUUCCCGGGGUCACCCCCACCACCCCACAGUUCAGUGCCCUGCGAUUCCUCAUAGUCACUCAGAAGGCAGCGUUCAGCUGCAUCUGCAGCCUGUGGAACAGAAAGCCCCUUAAAGUGUACGGGGGCCGCAUGGCUGAGUCCAUGUUAGCUAUACUGUGCCACAUCCUGAGAGGAGAACCUGUCAUCCAGGAGCGCCUCGCCAAGGAGAGGGAGGGCACGACCCGUCCAGAGGAGGAGGGAGGUCUUGGGGCCUCUACGCUGCCUGUAGGCCCCAGCUCUGGAGGCACAGGUGGAUCAGCAGGGGCCCCUGGAGCAGCAGUAAAUGCAGGAGAGGGCCCUGCCGGGUCAGUUCCAGGACCAGCCAUUGGAAGCAGUACAGCACCACCUGCACCAGGGGGUGCAGCAGAGGACUCCACUAACACUACUCCCAGGAGAGAGCCACCGGUUAACCAGGCUCAGCUACAGCAGGCUCAGGGAGGAGGCAGGGAGCGGCAGCCAAAUGUCAACCAGCAGCAGCUACAGCAGCUGAUGGAUAUGGGUUUCUCCAGAGAGCAUGCCAUGGAGGCCCUGGUCAACACCAGCACCAUGGAGCAGGCCACAGAGUACCUGCUCACACACCCUCCUCCUCUACUCAGCGGAGCCGUCAGGGACAUGACCAUGUCAGAGGAGGACCAGAUGAUGAGAGCCAUCGCCAUGUCUCUGGGACAAGAGGUCAGCAUGGAACAGCGCUCUGAUUCGCCCGAGGAGGCGGCGCGUCAUCGCGAGGAGGACGAUAGGAGAGCCCGGGAGCGUACGGAGGAGGAGGAGGCUCGCUGCCUGGAGAGGUUCCUGGAGGCCGAGCCCCUGGACAGUACGGAGCUCCACGCCUUCACUGACUCCAUGCUGCCCGGCUGCUUCCACCUGCUGGACGAGCUGCCAGACACCGUCUAUCGCCUCUGUGACUUGCUCAUGACUGCCAUCAAGAGGAGUGGUCCCGAGUACAGGGACCUCAUCUUACGACAGGUGGUCAACCAGGUGUGGGAGGCAGCAGACGUGCUCAUCAAGGCAGCAAUACCCCUGACCACCAGUGACACCAAGACUGUGUCCGAGUGGACCAGACAGAUGGCUACCCUGCCCCAGGCCUCCAACCUGGCAACACGCAUCCUGCUGCUCACACUGCUCUUUGAGGAGUUGAAGCUGUCGUGUGCCAGGGUGGUGGAGAACAGUGGGAUCCUCAAUGUGCUCAUCAAGCUGCUAGAAGUAGUGCAGCCCUGUCUUCAGGCUGCCAAGGAGCAGAAGGACAUCCAGACGCCCAAGUGGAUCACUCCAGUGCUACUGAUCAUUGACUUCUAUGAGAAAAUGGCUGUUUCAUCCAAACGCAGAGCGCAGAUGAACAAGUACCUGCAGCCCAACGGUAAUAACUGGCGUUGGUUUGACGACCGGUCGGGUCGCUGGUGCAGCUACUCUGCAUCUAACAACGGCACUAUAGACUCAGCCUGGAGGGCCGGGGAGAGCAGCGUCCGAUUCACCGCGGGACGCAGGAGAUAUACCGUACAGUUCAACACCAUGGUCCAGGUGAAUGAGGAGACUGGUAACCGUCGUCCGGUGAUGCUGACGGUCCAGAGAGUGCCUCGCAUUCCUAAACCUGCCAAAACUGGCAGCAUGACGGACUCUGAGAAGGAGGAGGGGGACAGGGGCAAGGCAGAGGAGACACAGACAGACCCAGACUCUGCCCCAGUAGCUGUGGAGAUGAGUGCUCCUAAAGAUGACAACACUACCCCUCAACUAAAGGAGUCCUUCUCUGGUCCUUCUGCUCCUCCUGCCCCCCCUCCUGCAGCCCUCCUGGACCCCACGUCUGAACGCACCGGGGCAGGAGCAGCCAUCGUGGUGCAGGGCCUGACAGAGGACAUGACCACAGUGCUCAUUAGAGCCUGUGUAUCCAUGAUCAGUGUCCCCGUGGACCCAGACACCCUCCACGCCACACUAAGGCUGUGCCUGCGCCUGACGAGAACCCACUACUACGCCAUGAUGUUUGCUGAGCUGAAGAGUACCAGGAUGAUCUUGGGGCUGACGCAGGGGUCAGGGUUCAACGGCUUCACGCCGCUCGUCACCCUGCUGUUCAGACACAUCAUCGAGGACCCUGCCACGCUACGACACACCAUGGAGAAGGUGGUGCGGUCAGCAGUGACCAGUGGGGCGGGCAGCACCACGUCAGGUGUGGUAUCAGGCUCUCUGGGCUCCAGAGAGAUUAACUACAUCCUGCGCGUUCUGGGCCCGGCCGCCUGCCGGAACCCAGACUGCUUCGCAGACACGGCCAACAGCUGCGUCCGCAUCGCCCUACCGGCACCCCGCGGCGCUGGUACGGCGUCAGAUGAUGAGUUUGAGAACCUGCGUAUCAAGGGGCCCAACGCGGUGCAGCUGGUGAAGACCACCCCCCUCAAGCUGUCUCCGCUGCCCCCCAUCCCUGACACCAUCAAAGAGGUCAUCUAUGACAUGCUCAACGCCCUGGCCGCCUACCACGCACCUGAAGAGGCUGAGCGUCCAGAGGAGCCUGCUGUGGCGGUGCCUGGGGGGCAGGACCUGUGUCAGAUACUCCAGGAUGAUGAUGUCUACCAGCAGUACAGACUCACCAGACAGGGCAGUGACUUUGACUCACAGUCCGCUUUCCACAUCAACGCCCAGGUGUUUACUGCAGAUGGUGCUGUGGCUGACUCUUCUCAGUCUGGCACGCCCCAGGGAGAAGCCUCUACUCCAGAGGAAAUGCGUGAGGAGAAGAAGGAGGUGGAGGGUGAGAACGGAGCCAGCUCAGAGGAGGGUAAGGGGGCCAAGGCUAAGGCCUCCAAGCCCCUGAUGCCCACCUCCACCAUCCUGCGUCUCCUGGCAGAGCUGGUCAGGUCCUAUGUGGGCAUCGCCACCCUCAUAGCAUCCUACUGCUACACGGCCGGACAGUCUGAGCUCAUCAAGGAGGACUGUAGUGUCUUAGCCUUCGUGCUGGACCACCUGUUGCCCCACACCCAGAGCUCUGAGGAUAAGGACACCCCUGCCCUGGCACGUCUGUUCCUGGCCAGCUUGGCAGCUGCCGGCACAGGCACCGACGCACAGGUGGCUCUGGUCAACGAGGUGAAGGCCGCACUCAGCCGGGCGCUGGCCAUGGCAGAGGGCACGGAGAAACACGCCAGGCUCCAGGCAGUGAUGUGUAUCAUCAGCACCAUCAUGGAGUCGUGUCCAUCCACCUCUAGCUUCUACAGCACGGCGGCAGCCAAGACGCAGCACAACGGCAUGAACAACAUCAUACGUCUCUUCCUCAAGAAGGGACUGGUUAACGACCUGGCUAGAGUACCACACAGCCUCGACCUGUCCAGUCCUAACAUGGCCAACACGGUGAAUGCAGCUCUGAAACCCCUGGAGACUCUGUCCCGUAUCGUCAACCAGCCCAGCAGCCUGUUUGGAGGGAAGGGGGGAUCCAGCAAGAACAAGGCUGAGCACGACACUGUGGGAGCCGCCAGGGACUCAAACAGCAACACACAAGGUGACUCGGGUGAGGUUGAGGGGACUCUGGUCGAGGGCAGUCACAGGGUCCAAGGGACAGACAGUGACCUGAUGGAUGGAGAGACUGAGGGAGACACAGUGGUCAUCGCUGGACAGCCGGAGGUGCUCAGCACCACAGCCAUGCAGGUAGAGAAUGAGCUGGUGGAUCUGAUAGACGAGCUGCUGGAGAGAGAUGCCGGCGCCGUCAACAGCUCCAUUAUCGUGGGGCGUGGUAGCGGUGAGGACGAAUCACAAGAGGACGUGUUGAUGGAUGAGGCGCCAUCCAAUAUCAGUCAGGCUUCUACUCUACAGACCAACAGAGAAGACUCUAUGAAUAUCCUGGAGCCUGAGGAUGAGGAGCACACGCAGGAGGAAGACUCCAGCGGCAGCAAUGAUGAUGAAGACAGCCAAGAUGAAGAGGAGGAGGAAGAAGAGGAAGAGGAGGAGGACCAGGAUGAUGAAGAAGGUGAUGAGGAUGAUGAUGAUGAAGGGUCGGAGAUGGAGCUGGAUGAAGAUUUCCCAGACAUCAACGCUGCGCCACACAUCCGUUUCGAGAGGUUUGACCGCGACGAUGAUCUAAUCAUCGAGUUUGACAACAUGUUCUCCACCACCGCUGACAUCCCUCCCUCCCCAGGCAACAUCCCCAGCUCCCACCCCCUGAUGGUGCGUCACGCCGACCACGGCUCCUUAACGCUGGGUGGAGCGGGCACCAACAACCGUCUAGCGCAAGGCAUGGGUCGCAGCCAGAGAACGCUACGCCAGCUCACCGCCAACACGGGCCACACGAUACACGUCCACUACCCUGGGAACAGACAGCCCAACCCCCCACUCAUCCUGCAGAGACUGCUGGGUCCCAGUGCUGCAGCAGACAUCCUGCAGCUGUCUAGCUCUCUGCCACUGCAGUCCCGCGGCCGUGCCCGACUCCUGGUGGGCAACGAGGACGUGCACAUCAUCGCCCGAUCUGACGACGAGCUACUGGACGACUUCUUCCACGAGCAGAGCAGCACCGGAGGACAAGCAGGCACUCUGUCCAGUAUCCCCACUGCCUUAACCCGAUGGACUGAUGAGUGUAAAGUGCUGGAUGCUGAGAGCAUGCACGACUGUGUCGCAGUGGUGAAGGUUCCUAUCCUGCAGCACCUGGAGACUCUGAGAGACGAGGAGCUGGAGGAGAGGAGGGAAAAAAGACGGAGACAGCUGGCUGAGGAAGAGGAGGCCAAGCAGAACGACAGAAGGACAGGAGGAGAGGAGACCAGGGAACAGAGUCUACAGGGCCCAGGACUGGGGACGGUCAACGGUGCUGCUGGAGAGACCACUGCUGAAGGUGAGCCCCAGGGCAGUGGGGUGUCCUGUCUGGAUCCCCCCAGGGUCUCAGAAGGCUUCCUCACCGCGCCCCCUUCAGGAGAGGUCACCCCCACCACCCCAGCCCCCCACGAACAGGCCCUGGUCUCCCUGGAGACCGCCAUCAGCCAGCAGGUCCACCAGCCAAUCGCAGAUCUGCUCCUGGCCGAGUCGCACGCCAAUUCGCUAGCCACACUGGCGGGGGCGGGUCUUCCUGACUUGACGGCUUCAUCCGAUAGGCUGAACUGUGAAGCUGAGGCAUCCCAGAUGGAAAUGUCCCCGGCGCCCCCUAUUGCCUCCUUGAGUCCAGACAUCGUGGAGACCUCUGAGCCUGCAGCGGUGGGUGUGUCACAAUUGGAAGGGUCUCCCAUGGAUACCAGUAGCCCCGCCUCUGCCACACAGGAAGAGCCCAACCCUGCCCAGGCUGUCCAUCUGUCUCAGGCGCUGUCUGGGAGUGGAGACAGCGGGCUGACGGACACGCACACAGACGCAGAGACCAGCUCCACCACUGUCUCCCCCCCUGGAGAGACCAUGCCCCUGAGUGAUCGUGCCAACAGCCAAUCCCAGGCCAUCCAGGAAGAGCCACUCCCAUCCACCAGCAAUGAGGAUGAGGACCCACUGGCAGGCAUCAGUUUACCAGAGGGUGUAGACCCGUCCUUCUUGGCUGCUCUUCCAGAGGACAUCCGUCGUGAGGUGCUCCAGAACCAGCUGGGUAUCCGACCCCCGGCGCGCCCCCCUGUCUCCUCCACCCUCCCCUCCGCCACCACACCAGUACUAGGAGGACCCGGGGUCACGGAGGUCAGCCCUGAGUUCCUGGCUGCCCUGCCACCCGCCAUACAGGAGGAGGUGCUAGCGCAGCAGAGGGCGGAGCAGCAGCGUAGAGAGCUGUCCCAGCAGCCCACGCAGGGCGACACUCCCCUGGACCCUGUCACCUUCAUCCAGACCCUCCCCUCUGAGCUGCGUCGCUCCGUCCUGGAAGAUAUGGAGGACAGCGUGUUGGCAGUGAUGCCCCCGGACAUCGCUGCCGAGGCAGCCGCGCUGCGCCGCGAGCAGGAGGCUCGUCAGAGACAGCUGAUGCACGAGAGGCUAUUUGGCCAUAGUUCAAGCUCAGCCCUGUCGGCCAUCUUGAGGUCGCCUGCGUUCACCAGCCGCCUGGGGGGAAACCGAGGAGUACAGUACACCCGCCUAGCCGUGCAGAGAGGAGGGACCUUCCAGAUGGGAGGAGGGGCCAACCACAGCAGGCCGUCUAGUUCCAGUGUAGACUCUCUGCUGCGUCUGCGUGGUCGUCUGCUCCUGGACCACGAGGCCUUGUCCUGUCUCCUGGUCCUCCUCUUCGUAGAUGAACCCAAACUCAACACCAGCCGUCUGCACCGCGUGCUCCGCAACCUGUGCUACCACUCCCAAACGCGUGGCUGGGUCAUCCGCAGUCUCCUCUCCAUCCUGCAGCGCAGCAGCGAGAGUGAGGUGUGUGUCGAGACCACCCGCCUGGAAGAUGCCAGAGGCAAGCGGACUGCCGGCGGUCAGGGAGGUUACGGAGGGAGUAAAGGAUCUACGACCACAGCUACCUCCUCCCUCUCCUCCUCUUCCUCCUCCUCUCUGGAGUUGAUCAACAGGGUGGAGUCUCGUAGCUCCUCCCAGCUCUCUUGGCUGUCUGUUUCCAUGGACGCGGCUUUAGGCUGUCGCACAAACAUUUUCCAGAUCCAACGGGCGUCGGGGCGGAAGCACGCUGACCGGCACUCUGCUGGGGGGACGUCAGGAGGGUCGGGGGGGACCCUGGGAGGAGGAGUACAGGGGGUUACAGCUGGGGUGACGUGUGCAGGGGGAGGAGGGUCGACUGUACACAUCCACCCCCAAGCCGCCCCGGUGGUCUGUCGACACGUACUGGAUACUCUUAUCCAACUGGCCAAGGUGUUCCCCAGUCACUUCACCCAGCAGCGCUGUAAGGACCUGCUCUCCUCCUCCACCUCUGAUCUGGACUCCCGUCUGUGUGCUGCUGCCUCCAUCGUUACUGCAGGAGGAGGCUCUAGAUCUACCCAGACUAACACCUGCUCCACUCCCUCCUCAGCCCAGAACUCCCUGGGCGGGGGUGCCUGUGGAACGGCCAUCACCCCCCAGUCCCUGGGCAUCUCCACCGACUUCUGGGACCUGCUGGUGAAACUGGACAACAUGAAUGUGUCGAGGAAAGGCAAGGCCUCCAUGAAGACUGUUCCCCUAGGUGCAGGAGGGGAGGCCGAGGGGGCUCAGUACAGCCUGGAGGCCUCUCCGCUGGGCCAGCUGAUGAAUAUGCUGUCCCACCCAGUGAUACGACGCUCCUCCCUGCUAACCGAGAAGCUGCUGCGUCUCCUGUCCCUCAUCUCCAUCGCCUUGCCUGAUAAUAAGGCUACUGAAGUCCCAGCUGGACACCCGACGCCGCAGUCUACCACCGCCGGAGCUGGCAAUCCCGCCACUGCCACCAGUGCAGCAGCAACAGCCUCAGCCUCUGCUCAGGGGACCACUGUAGGGGUGGUAGUUCCAGCUCAGGGUUCAUCUUCCACAGCUAUAGUGUCCAUACCCACCUCUACUGGAGCCAGCGCAACCGGGAAGCAUCGAGCAACAGUGCUCUGUAUUGAAAGUGACACCAAGCUUGCCUCCACUGGACUCACUGAGAAACAACUGCAGCUCUCUGUCGAGGUGCUGACCAGUCACUCGUGUUCAGAGGAGGGUCUGGAGGAUGCAGCCAACAUCCUACUCCAGCUGUCCAGAGGAGACGGAACCACCAGAGACACCGUACUGCGUCUGUUGCUGAGUGGAGCUAGACACCUGGGAUACACACUUUGCAAACAGAUUGGCACGUUAUUGGCCGAGCUGCGGGAGUACAACCUAGAGCAGCAGAGGAGAGCCCGGGCUGACGCCCAGUCACCUGACGCACCUGCCGAGGACACCUCCAUCUCCGCCAGGCUGAAGGCUGGCAAGCUCUCUAGCAGGUUCGACGGCUCUGAGAGCGUGGUGAUUGUGGCUGCCCAGAAGCGGACGCUGGGCGGACGGGAGCUGCAGCUGCCCUGCAUGUCUUCCCUGACCUCAAAGACAUCCACCCAGAAGUUCUUCCUGCGGGUCCUGCAGGUCAUCAUCCAGCUCCGUGAGGACACGCGCCGCGCCAACAAGAAGGCCAAGCAGACCGGGCGACUUGGCUCUACCAGUCUGGGCUCCGCCAGCAGCAUCCAGGCGGCAGUCCGUCAGCUAGAAGCCGAGGCUGAUGCCAUCAUUCAGAUGGUGAGAGAGGGGCAGCGGGCACGCCGUCUGCAGCAGGCCCCCCCGCCCUCCGCCUCUGUCGCUGCCGUCACCACCUCCGGAUCCUCUGUGGCCACCCCUCAUGCCCCCGCAGCUGCCCCCGGCACGGCGAGCGCUGCCACGUCAGAGGUGGGGUCAGUGUCUGAGCCCCAGGCAGUCCAGAGGGAUGAUUCUCCCAUGGAUGUAGACCAGCCCUCUCCCCUGGAGCAGGACCCUGCACCCCUGGAUGAAGAAGGCAACAGCCAAUCAGAGACAGAGGAGCGUCUCCCGGACCUUCCCCUGUUGAGCGAGCAGCUACUAUUGGACGAGUUGUGGGACAUGCUCGGGGAGUGCCUGAAGGAACUGGAGGAGUCACAUGAUCAACACGCUGUUCUGGUCCUUCAGCCGGCGGUAGAGGCCUUCUUCCUGGUCCAUGCCACAGAGCGGGAGAGCAAGCCCCCUGUCAGAGACACCAGGGAGAGCCAGCUGUCUCACAUCAAAGACGAGCCUCCCCCACUGUCCCCUGCACCCCUCACCCCCGCUACCCCCUCCUCUCUGGACCCCUUCUUCUCUAGAGAACCCUCUUCCAUGCACAUCUCCUCCAACCUGCCUCCCGACACACAGAAGUUCCUCCGCUUUGCUGAGACUCACCGUACAGUGCUUAACCAGAUUCUGCGCCAGUCCACCACCCACCUGGCCGACGGACCCUUCGCUGUGCUGGUUGACUACAUCCGCAUCCUCGAUUUUGACGUCAAGAGGAAGUACUUCCGUCAGGAGCUGGAGCGUCUGGAUGAGGGUCUGAGGAAGGAGGAUAUGGCUGUCCACGUCAGGAGAGAUCACGUGUUUGAAGACUCCUACAGAGAGCUGCACCGCAAGAGUCCCGAGGACAUGAAGAACAGGCUGUACAUAGUGUUUGAAGGGGAGGAGGGUCAGGAUGCAGGAGGUCUGCUGAGAGAGUGGUACAUGAUCAUCUCCAGGGAGAUGUUUAACGCCAUGUACGCCCUGUUCCGCACCUCGCCCGGCGACAGGGUCACCUACACCAUUAACCCCUCGUCCCACUGCAACCCAAACCACCUCAGCUACUUCAAGUUCGUAGGUCGCGUGGUGGCCAAAGCAGUCUACGACAACCGGCUGCUGGAGUGCUACUUCACACGCAGCUUCUACAAGCACAUCCUGGGCAAGAGUGUCAGGUACACAGACAUGGAGAGUGAGGACUACCCGUUCUUCCAGGGUCUGGUCUACCUGCUGGAGAAUAAUGUGUCUACUCUGGGCUAUGAGCUGACAUUCAGCACUGAGGUCCAGGAGUUUGGUGUGUGUGAGGUACGUGACCUGAAGCCUAACGGAGGCAACAUCAUUGUCACCGAGGAGAACAAGAAGGAGUACGUCCACCUGGUUUGUCAGAUGAAGAUGACUGGUGCCAUCCGUAAGCAGCUGUCUGCCUACCUGGAGGGUUUCUACGAGAUCAUCCCCAAGAGGCUGAUCUCCAUCUUCACAGAGCAGGAGCUGGAGCUGCUGAUAUCUGGCCUUCCCACUAUAGAUAUAGACGACCUCAAGGCCAACACCGAGUACCACAAGUACCAGUCCAGCUCCAUACAGAUCCAGUGGUUCUGGCGGGCCCUGCGUUCCUUCGACCAGGCGGACAGAGCCAAGUUCCUGCAGUUUGUGACGGGCACGCUCACACCUGGUAAAGUUCCUCUGCAGGGCUUAUACAGCAGCUGGACCUGGGCAUGA